AUGUUCAAGCGCUCGUUCCGAUCCCGCGAUGCGGGCAGCUCCCAGAGGGAGCCUGCCCAAAUAUCAACCAGUACGGAUUCGCAACAUCGGGUGGACAAGUCUGCAAGGCUCACCAAGAAAUCGAAACGGGAUCUCCAGAAGCUGUCGAACCUCAAGCAGUCGCUCACAGGUGAGAACUCUUCGCGCCCACAACAGUCAACGCAAGCGAAGCCAGCCGAGAAGCCACUCGCCAUCACCCCCUCUCCCAUCAUUACCAUCACCGUGGGUGGCGAGGGACGGCUGUUUGCUGCGCAUGAGGAUAUCCUAUGCCAGGCUCCUCUCUUCGAAAGAAUGCUACGCGGCGCCCAUCCCAAUGCGCAAUCCAAGAGGAUCUUGCUCGAGGAUGAAGAGCCGGAGAUAUUUAGCGCCAUCCUCGAAUACCUCUACAAGGGCGACUACUACCCUCGUCUGCUACACAACCAGCAGCAGGACUCUUGGGAGCUCGAGGACUCUCUCUCCAUCCCCGCCAGUCGGGCCGCGCCCCUCACACCCCCGAUAGGCAACCACUCACCACAAUUCGGAGGUGGCCGCGCAGGUCAGGUCCCCUCUCCGUCUGUCGAGCGGACCGUGUUUCUCUCCAGCAUCAACCAACAUUUGCUUCGUGACACGGUAGUCUACUGCGCCGCAGAACGCUACGGGCUGGAGGAGCUCAAGAGGCUGGCGCUGCGAAAGCAAGGGCUGCAGACCGGUAUCAACGUCGGCACCAUCCUUCGCAGCGCUCAGUACUGCUACGCGCACACGCCCGACUCCGACAGUCGCCUGCGCGCCCAUUACCUGGCACUCAUCAUCCGGUGCCGCAAGACCUUCAAGCGCAGCGGCACCAUGCAGGCCGAGAUGGAGAAGUGCGGCAGCAGCAACGUGUACGGACAAGGCAGUGGGAAACUCUUCUUCGACCUGUUCGUUGCCAUGUGUAACCACCUCGACGACGUCAUUGACGCGAGCAAUGCGACGCGGACGCCCAAGACAAUCUAG